AUGGCUGCGGAUCUCGAUGAUUGGUCUGUAUUGGAAGAGAGUUCGUCCUCAUUCUCACCGCUUCCGCCGCCUCGGUCCCCGUCGAAUCAGUCGGAGUUUUGGGAGAGAGUGGAGGAAGCCACCCGUGAAAUUAUAGAGCAGGUCCAUCCAACACUUGUAUCCGAGGAUCGAAGAAGAGAUGUGAUUGAUUUUGUGCAGAGACUACUCAAAAUGACGCUUGGAUGCGAGGUACAUUCUUUUGGAUCGGUUCCAUUGAAAACGUAUCUUCCUGAUGGAGAUAUUGAUCUCACAGCUUUUGGUGGACUGUGUCACGAGGAAGAACUGGCCCUCAAAGUUUUCUCUGUGCUUGAGAGAGAGGAACAUAAUGGGGGUGCUUACUUUAUGGUCAAGGAUGUCCAGUUAAUACGUGCUGAGGUUAAGCUUGUUAAAUGUCUGGUGCAAAACAUUGUGGUUGACAUCUCUUUCAAUCAGCUCGGUGGGAUUUGUACUCUGUGCUUUCUCGAGAAGAUUAACGUUGACCAUUUGAUUACGCAGAUCGAUCACUUCAUUGGAAAGGACCAUCUCUUCAAGCGAAGUAUCAUACUCAUUAAAGCUUGGUGCUACUACGAGAGCCGUAUUCUCGGGGCUCUACAUGGAUUGAUCUCAACUUAUGCUCUGGAAACGUUGGUCUUAUAUAUCUUCCAUCUCUUCCAUUCAUCGUUGGAUGGUCCACUAGCAGUUUUAUACAAAUUCUUGGACUACUUCAGCAAGUUUGAUUGGGAUAACUAUUGCAUUAGCCUCAGUGGUCCCGUCUGCCUUUCCUCUCUACCAGAGAUUGUUGUUGAGACUCCGGAAAAUGGCGGGCAAGAUCUACUGCUCACCAGUGAGUUCCUAAAGGAAUGUUUGGAGAUGUACAUAUCGCCUGCUUUAACUGCCAACCAUUUCCAAGAAGGUCAAAUGGUUUAUGAAACGGAAUCUUCCAGUUCAUCUGGUGCUGCUGGAAAUGGUAGACAUGACCAGGAAGAGUCGUUGUAUACAGGAGCCAAUGUAUCAAGUACAGCUGGGCUUAAUUUAAGUGGAUCACCUGGUGAAACAGCCCCAUCAGUUUCAGAGGAACGAUUUGCAGGAGACGCAAAAGACUUGGCUACUGUGAGGAACCAAAAGCCUGAGAUUUCCGUUGAUGCAGUGAAAUCUCUCCGCCGUAAGGAAAGUGUCUCUCCUUUGAAUGGUGAGCAUCAUUCUCUCCAUCAGAUGAAAACUGGAGAAGUAUUAAAUGGAAAUGGGGUGGAGAAACAGCAAGAUGAUUCUUGCCUUGCUAAUUCCAGAAGAGCUAAAGAUUCACAUAGUAAUGAGAACCAGAACGAAAAUGAGCAUGUUGGUCAUGAAGACCUGCCGUCUUCACUCAUGAACCCUGUAACUUGGCCACAGGAGGACAUGCAUCUCCAUUACUUGGGUCAUUAUGUUUCUGGCACUCCAAAUUUGCUGUCUGACCUCACAGGGGAUUACGACAGUCAGCUUAACAGUUUGAGAUAUGGGCGCUGGUGGUUUGAUUGUGUCCAAAAUGGUCACCUGUCCCCACUAUCUCCUCCUGGGAUACCUCAGCUUCCGAACAACAAUUCAUGGGAAGUAAUUCGACAUGCACCGCCAUUCAGGCGGAAUGCGUCGGGUCCAGUAAACGCCAAUGGAGUUGUUCAGAGACAGGUUUUCUUUCAUGUGAACCCUCAGAUGAUUCCACCUUCUAAUUUUGCUAUCGAGGAAGUGCCUAAGCCACGAGGAACUGGAACAUACUUCCCCAAUGCGGCUCCAGAUUUUAGGUCAAUGGAGCCUCUACGAGUUGAACUACUAUCCCCUCCCGAGGGCAGCACGCAAAGUGAUGUAAGCAGUGGAGGUUCCUAUAAUCAACCAACAUCUAUACCCUCCUCCACACAGGAAGAUCGGGUAACGACACCUACGCAGUCAUAUCAUUUGACGGAUGAUCACGAGUUCCCUCCGUUGUAG